AGGAGCUCUGGGGAGUCUCAAAGUUUGUGUCUGGAGCAGUAGCGGAAAGUGGGCUUAUUGCGAAGGGAUUUUCUUGGGAUGAGAGCUUAUCUCCUGCCUUCAUUUGGGAUGCUCUCCCUGCUUUAACCCCUUCAGCCUUCACUCUCACCCCUGGACAGCCUGUCUCCCCCGGGAUCCCGGAGGACACCGGACGGGAGCCCUCAGGCAGAGGAGCCAACGUUUUCCUUCCUAAGUGCAUAAACUACACGCAUACGCACACACACACACACGCACACACAAACACACACGCAAGGCAAGCGCGCGAGCCGGAUCGCCCUUCGAGGCGGCUCUGCCGGCUCCCCUCCUGCCCUAAGCAUCCUCGGCCCAGCGCGCCUCGGACCAUCAUGGAGGUGCUGGAGAGCGGGGAGCAGAGCGUCCUGCAGUGGGACCGCAAGCUGAGCGAGCUGUCAGAGCCCGGGGAAACCGAGGCUCUCAUGUAUCACACGCACUUCUCAGAACUUCUGGAUGAGUUUUCCCAGAACGUGUUGGGUCAGCUCCUGAAUGACCCUUUCCUCUCAGAGAAGAGUGUGUCGAUGGAGGUGGAGCCAUCCCCAACGUCCCCGGCGCCUCUCAUCCAGGCCGAGCACAGCUACUCUCUGUGCGAGGAGCCUCGGGCCCCGUCACCGUUCACCCACGUUACCACCAGUGACAGCUUCAAUGACGAUGAGGUGGAGAGUGAGAAAUGGUACCUGUCUACAGACUUCGCAUCAACAACCAUCAAGACAGAACCAAUUACGGAUGAGCCACCCCCAGGACUUGUUCCCUCUGUCACUCUGACCAUCACAGCCAUCUCCACCCCUUUUGAAAAGGAGGAACCCCCUCUGGAAAUAAAUCCUGGGGUUGACUCCUCGUGCCAGACCAUUAUUCCCAAGAUUAAGCUGGAGCCUCAUGAAGUGGAUCAAUUCCUAAACUUCUCUCCUAAAGAAGCCUCCGUGGACCACCUGCACUUACCACCCACCCCUCCCAGCAGCCACAGCAGCGACUCAGAGGGCAGCCUGAGCCCCAACCCGCGCCUGCACCCCUUUGGCCUGCCUCAGACCCACAGCCCGGCCAGGGCCGUGGCCCGGGCCCCCUCGGCCCUCUCCAGCUCUCCUCUCCUCACAGCGCCACAUAAACUGCAGGGAUCAGGCCCCCUGGUCCUGACAGAGGAGGAGAAGAGGACCCUGAUCGCUGAGGGCUAUCCCAUCCCCACCAAACUGCCCCUAACAAAAUCAGAGGAGAAGGCCCUGAAGAAAAUCCGGAGGAAAAUCAAGAAUAAGAUUUCUGCCCAGGAAAGUAGGAGAAAGAAGAAAGAAUACAUGGACAGCUUGGAGAAAAAGGUGGAGUCUUGUUCAACUGAGAACUUGGAGCUUCGGAAGAAGGUAGAGGUUCUGGAGAAUACCAAUAGAACUCUCCUGCAGCAGCUGCAGAAGCUUCAGACUUUGGUGAUGGGCAAGGUUUCGCGCACCUGCAAGUUGGCCGGCACGCAGACCGGCACCUGCCUCAUGGUCGUUGUGUUAUGCUUUGCUGUCGCAUUUGGCAGCUUCUUUCAGGGCUACGGGCCCUAUCCUUCUGCCACCAAGAUGGCUCUGCCCAGCCAGCAUUCCAUGUCGGAGCCGUACACAGCUUCUGUCGUGAGAUCCAGGAACCUGCUGAUCUAUGAGGAACAUUCUCCCCUGGAGGAGUCAUCCACCCCAGCCUCAGCUGGGGAGCUUGGGCGCUGGGACAGAGGCUCCUCCCUGCUCAGGGCGUCAGGGCUGGAGGCUAGGCCAGACGUGGAUCUUCCUCAUUUCAUUAUCUCGAAUGAGACCAGCCUGGAGAAAUCAGUGCUGUUGGAGCUGCAGCAGCACUUGGUCAGCGCCAAACUGGAGGGGAACGAAACACUGAAAGUCGUAGAACUCGACAGAAGAGUGAACGCCACUUUCUAAAGAGGCAGUCUCCACCUCCUUCUCUCUCUUCACUCUACUUUUACAUCCCCAAACCACCUUUGUCAUCAGCUUUUUCUUUUUGUCACCUGAUUUGGAUGAAGACAUGGGCGAGCAGUCGUGGCUUUGGAUGGAGGACAGCCUGGGAUUUCCCCCUGUGGUGAGAGAGCACCUCCCCCUCCAGUCCCAUGUCCCUCUCUGCACAGGGGGCCUGGCAUCUCCCCCUCCCUUUCGCUUACUGCCAUAGGAAAUUAUUUUAGGGUCGGGGUGGGACAAGCCGGCUUGUUUCUACCUAUAGUGCCAAAAAGAUGCUGCCUGAUUCUCACCAGGGGUGACCACCUCUUUGGAGAAGAGACCCCGGACUCUAGCCACAAAGAUCCCAGGAUGCCUGUUGGGAUCUGGCAAAGCCCUGACCAAUGUCCUGCCUUCCUCAGCCCGGGUAUCCGGUGUGUCUGGCCCCGUCAGCCCUGGAAGGCCUGGGCCUCCAGCGAGUACCCCCUGCCGCUCUGUCCUGUCCAGCCCUCGCCGAUUGUCCUCCCGGCCCUGGAGCACGGGCUCCGCCUUCAUAUUCUCAGGCCGCAAGUGCAAUGCCUGAAGGAAUCAGGCUCUUCUACUCCAGGCGCACCCACCCCAUCUUGUUGCUUGUAGGACUUCUCCAUGACCUGGGUCCCCACAUGCCUCUAGUUCUGCCUCCCUGGCUUCUCCUCCCCAUUUGUAAAUAGUAUUUAUUAGCUUGCUGAGGCUUCCUGCACAACCACACUGAAGAGAUCUGACGCCUCCCUCCAAGCUAGCAAAGUCUUCUGUUGGCCUUUGGAGCUAGGAGGACACCCUAGGCUCUGGGAUCCCCAAUCUUUCUAGACCAUGUUUCGUUUCCUUUUCUUCUUCUUCUUUUUUUUUUCUUGUUAAACUGGAGGCCUAUAAUUACAGUUGGGAAAUCCCCUUGAGCGUGUGUCCUGUAGAAUGAACUCAGAGGGAGAGACGAGCAAUGCCCUGCUCAGGCCUGUGGCCAGACGCUUUUUCUGUCCUGUGCCCAUAACAGAGCGGGGAAGCCCUGGCCCUGACAACAGGCGUUUUGGACAACCUUGCUAGCUUGUCUCUCCACACCUGCUCCUGGCCCCUUCCCCCACGUCCCCCAGCUCUUCUGCUUUACCCUCCUCUUCUGCCUUAAUACAGGGGGUGGGCCUGAGGCCUGGGUUGGAGCAGGUGACAUUUCUGUCUCCACAGUCUUACCUUCUAUAGUCAGGUUUGGCUACUUUGCAGCUCACCCAAAGAGAUACAACCUAACCCCCCAACCUACUUUUUUUUUUUUU